UACACCUGUUUCAGAGUUUCAGGUGAAAACAACUGAAGAGAAGGCAAGCAAAAGUUUUGUUCUGGUUCACUGUCAGGCCUCUUGGAAACUAUAUUAUCUUUGGAAUAUUUCUGUGCAGAAAGGUUUACCAACAUGGUCACUCUGGGAAAGUGCCUUACAUGCUCAAGACUACAGUUUGCUGUGAUGUUUGUGGUAACAGUUUAUCUGAAUACAGAUAUCACAGUGGCUAUGCAGAUAACAUCCACAGGGUCUCAGACCAUUCAAAGAGCCCAGGGGGAGACAGUCAUGCUGGGGUGCACAUACACCCCUGCCCCCUCUGACACAGGAGAUCUGGACAUUGAGUGGUUGAGUGUCCAUCCAGACAUGACCCAGAAAGACCAGCUGGUCAUAUCUUAUACAGGAGGGCAGAAAUUGCAUUACGGGGACCCCAGCUUGUCUAAGAGGAUGGACUUCACAGGAGACCCCGCGUUGGGAGACGCAUCCGUCUCCAUCUCUGCAGUGAAAGCCUCAGACACAGCCACCUACCAGUGCAAAGUCAAGAAGGCGCCGGGUGUCGACAUGCGAAAAGUCACUCUGGUGGUGAUGGUCCCUCCAUCAGUGCCCAAGUGUUGGGUUGAAGGCGUUGAAGAGAAGGGAGCUGAUGUCUCCCUGCGAUGCAAGUUAUCCGUGGGAUCCACCCCCCUUAACUAUGUCUGGAUCAGAGAGAGUGGAGGGGCCAUCCCGCCUACAGCAACACAAAACUCUCAGACUGGAGAGUUGAUGAUAAGAAAUCACUCAGAGAGCUACAUGGGAAAUUAUCUGUGUGUGGUGUCGAAUCCUGUGGGCAAAGAGCAGUGUAAAUACACCCUGCACGCAUACAACCCUCCCAACAAAGCAGGGAUCAUAGCAGCUGCUGUGAUUGGUGCACUGCUACUGUUGCUCCUUCUCCUGCUCCUCAUAUGGCUUCUGAUCUGCUGCUGCCACAAACGUCGCUAUGAGAAGGAGGUUGCCCAUGAAAUCAGGGAGGAUGCCCCAGCCCCAGAGAGCCGACCUGCCAGCAGGAACUCCAGCUUCCGCUCGGUCCUAGGCUUCCGCUCCCCCCCUGGGGCAGUCUAUAGCCCAGUGACAAAAGGUCAGCCCAAGAGGACAGAGUCAGACAAUAGGAGCUUCUACACCAACAGUAGCAUAGGCAUGCCUGCCCCCAGCAAGCAGAAAGCCCCCCAUUUGCCACCUGUGCUGAAAUAUGACGGCAGUAAUGGUUACCCUGUGUAAUAAUGUUUUGGGUUGGGGUAAGGAUAAGCAUGAAACCUCAUAAUUUUUUAAGUGUCAGUUUUAGGAUAUUUUGCCAACCUUCAGUAUAAACAGCUAUAUCAAAUGCAGACCCGGCAUUACAGGAUAUGUAUAAUCUCAUUCCCAUGCUACUUCCACCCUGUACUUUGUGCAAUAGCCUGAAAACUCUUGGUGCAAUAGUGCAACAGAUAAUGUUUUAGUCACGUGAAGCUCAAUUGAGGAUUUUGCCAAUGAGAAUGAGUGAGAAAGAGAUGAUAUUUAAAGUGUAUGUCAGAUGCCAUGGUGUAAAAAUACUUGAAAGUACUACUUAAGUUGUUUUUUUGGAUAUCUGUACUUCACUAUUUAUAUUUGACUACAUUCCUAAAAGAAAAUAAUGUACUUCUUACUCCAUACAUUUUCUGACACCCAAAAAGUACUUGUUACAUUUUGAAUGCUUAGCAGGACAUAAAUGGUCUAAUUCACACACUUAUCAAGAGAACGUCCCAGGUCAUCCCUACUGCCUCUGAUCUGGCGGACUCACUAAGCACAUGCUUCAUUGGUAAAUUAUAUCGUAGCGUUGGAGUGUAUCCCUGGCUAUCCGUAAAAAAAAGUUUGCUUAAUAUAAGAAUUUUAAAAAUAAUUUAUACUUUUACUUUUGAUACUUAAGUAUAUUUUAGCAAUUACAUUUUACUUUUGAUACUUAAGCAAAUAUUUUUAGACUUAAGUAGCAUUUUACUGGGUGACUUUUACUUGAGUCAUUUUCUAUUAAGGUAUCUUUACUUUUACUCAAUUGGGUACUUUUUCCACCACUGGUCAGAUGUAUGACUUAUUUUGUCUAACAGACAAGUAAACAAUGUUUCAUCUUUUCUAUGAGUUUUCAAUGAAAAUAUGUAUUUUUUUAAUCAAGCACUUGAUUCUGAAUCAGUUGUAUCCUGUACAUUUAUGUGUCACCAAUCGAAAAAGCUAAUGACCCCACCCUCAAUACACCAGGCCAAUGAUUGUUAAUACGGAAUGACAUUGUGUGCCAGUCAGAUAUGUGAUUUAAGAUAUUGAUUUUGAUAAAACUUAAUGACUGAUUUCAUACUGACUUGCCUCAGACGGCCGACAGUUCAAAGAAUAAAAGCUUGAAGAAACUCUA